AUGAUUUGGACAAUAGAUGGUAAAUUGACAUUGACUCAAUGUCAAAAUGCAUGUGCUGAUGGUGAAUCUGCACGAGAAGCAUUUUGUCGAAAAAUACCAUCAACUCAUGGAAUGGAUGUUGGUGCUGCAAAAAAUGAAGUGAAGGCUAAAUGUUGGUCACACGUUUAUGAAUCAACAACAGCAUGCAAAAAUUGGUGUGCUUGGUGGUUUUAG